GGAAACUGGAAGUGUUGGAGAGAAGAAAUGAGCACAAUCAAAGAAAAAAUCGAAGAGCGAGGGUUCUGGGGCAAAAAAACAGAGUUUCUUCUGGCUGUGGCAGGAAAUGUGGUUGGACUGGGUAACGUGUGGAGGUUUCCUUACCUCUGCUACAGAAAUGGAGGAGGGGUGUUCCUGAUACCUUACCUGGUGUUUGUUGUGACCUGUGGGGUGCCUCUGUUCCUGUUGGAGACGGCUAUGGGGCAGUUCACACAUGAAGGGGGCAUUACAUGCUGGCAUCGCCUCUGUCCACUGGCUCAGGGUAUUGGCUAUGCAGGACAGCUCACAGUGCUGUACAGCUGCAUGUAUUUUACCAUCAUUCUGGCCUGGGCACUUUUCUAUCUCAUCUCCUCUUUCAGCUCACAACUGCCGUGGGCCAGCUGUGACAACAUCUGGAACACAGACAACUGUGUAAAUCUUGCUGCAGGAAAUCUUACUUUCAACCGGACAACACAGAUGUUGAUUAAUUCAACAUCUGCAGCUACCGAGUUCUGGGAACGCAGAGUUCUGUCUCUCUCUGGAGGUAUUGAGGACAUCGGCAAGAUCAACUGGGAGAUUCUUCUGUGUCUCAUUGCAAUGUGGAUCAUAUGUUAUUUCUGCAUCUGGAAAGGAGUCAAGUCGACAGGCAAGGUGGUGUAUUUCACAGCUACAUUUCCUUAUGUGAUGCUGAUUGUGUUGCUGAUUCGUGGGUUGACUCUACCUGGAGCUCUGCAGGGGAUUGUGUUUUACUUGUAUCCUGAACCAGCCCGCCUUGCUGACCCACAGGUUUGGAUGGAAGCAGGAACUCAGAUCUUCUUCUCCUAUAGUGUGAUUGGUGGUGUUCUAAUUUCACUUGGGAGCUAUAAUCAAUACAACAACAACUGCUAUAGGGACUGCUUUUGGCUUUGCCUUCUGAACAGUGGCACCAGUUUUGUGGCUGGUUUUGCUGUGUUCUCAGUCUUGGGCUUUAUGGCUCAUGUGCAAGGCGUCCCAAUUGAAGAAGUAGCAGAAUCUGGCCCAGGACUAGCAUUCAUUGCUUAUCCACAGGCAGUAGCUAUGAUGCCUUUUCCUCAGUUGUGGGCUGUUUGUUUUUUCAUCAUGAUUAUUUUGCUUGGCCUAGACACACAGUUUGUUUCAGUAGAGUGUGUGAUUACAUCAGUGAUGGACUUGUUCCCUGAGGUGCUGCGCAGAGCUGGACGUCGAGAACUUUUAGUCCUGCUCCUCUGUCUCACGUGUUUCUUUGGACAACUCAUCAUGGUUACAGAGGGUGGGAUGUAUGUAUUCCAGCUGUUUGAUAACUACGCCUGUAAUGGAGCCUGUCUUCUGUUCCUGUCUGUGUUUGAGUCUCUGGCCAUCGGUUGGAUCUUCGGGGCUGAGAAAAUGUUUGACAUAAUCGAGGACAUGACAGAGUCACGACCCAACUAUUGGUUCAUGCUGUGCUGGAAAUACUUGACUCCUCUUGUGUCUCUGACGUCUUUUGUUUAUUCUAUGGUGAGGUACACACCUCUGACUUUUAACCGCUGGUACAUAUACCCGGACUGGGCAUAUGUACUCGGCUGGUUAUUGGCUCUGUCCUCUAUUCUGCUGGUGCCUGCAUGGGCGCUGGGCCAAAUGUGUGCUGGUAAAGGAAGCCUGAAACAGCGUUGGCGUCACUUGAGUAGUCCUGAGACAAAUUUUCCUCUCUCUUUUAAACAAGUACAGAAGCAAACUGCAGAGAUGGAAGACUUACUCAAGAGCGGCACAAUAUAAAUCAUUACAUGGGGGCACAAAAGGUUUUUGAAAUAUAACUAAUAUGCAGUUUAAGUCAGAGUUAUUACCCCCUCUUAGAAUUUUUUUUUCUUUUUUUAAAUAUUUCUGAUUAUUCACAGAGCAUUGAAAUUUUCACAGUAUGUGUUGGGGGGGGGCUGUGUCUAGUUAUUUGUGUGCAAUUUCACCAGUUAGCAAUUCUCGUUUCCCCGUCCCCAUUACUCUCACCUGUUUUCCAUGAUUAUUUGGCUAUUUAGUCUCCCCUUCUCCCUUGUUCUGUGCUUGAUAAUAAUUUUCUUUUGUCUGUGAGUUAUCUGAGUUACCAGUCCUUCCCUAUCAGAAGAUAAAACCUUUCGUAUUUUGUCUCAUCCAAUCCUGUUCUGUCUCUACCCACUGGUUGUUCGAUCAUCUGUGCAUUGGCUCACCUCUGCUUUGGCCACAGUCUGCGCUCAAAUGAAGUCUAUCCACCAGUUCGGCUCCCUGAGUUCUGUUCCUUUAUUUUCGACUGUUUAACCAAGAGGGUCUUUUUGUUUGACCAGUCCAUCAUCGCCCAGAGGAGGGCUGAUCGCUGACUGCCUCUGUUCUCUAUUAUAUUUUUGAGUGACUCCCCUAUUGCCCUAAUAAGAGCAGAGUUUUGAUACACUUCUGUUUAAUAAAUCUGCUUUAACUUC